AGGAGUGAUAAUAUACUAAACUCACACAAACUACACGAAUUCUAGAAUUCGAAUCCAGAACUUUAUCUGAAAGAGCAAUUGCUCCAAAUCAUUAGUGUCCUUUGCUUCUCCUCCCCUCUAUUUAUUUUGUCUUUUCAAAUCUGUUCUUUUUUUUUGUCAACAUCAAUUAAAUCUGAUUGAGCACCUACUUUACAUAAAAUGACAUGCUAUAAUAAAUACCCACAGAGUUUGCUAAGUACCACUUGUAUGUAUGCGAGUGCACUUAGAAUAUACUCAAAAUUGAACCUCAAACAUUCAACAAUUUGUUAUGGAUACCUCUGGCUCUGCACCACCAUUAAGGAUUCAAAAUGACCAUGAAGACAGAGAGCAGAAUCUCAUCUGCCAAGAAGAACCUUCCAGUUCCAGAGGUGGCUGGGGUGCUGCUAUUUUCAUAAUCUUUGUUGAGGUGGCAGAGAGAUUUGCUUACUAUGGUAUGGCUGGUAACCUCAUCACAUACCUCACAAAUGAACUCCAUGAGCCAGUCCCCAUGGCUGCAAAAAAUGUCAAUACUUGGGUUGGAGUGUCAUCUCUCCUCCCAAUACUUGGAGCCUUCAUAGCUGAUGCGUUUCUUGGUAGAUUCAACACCAUCCUUGUCUCCUCCAUCAUUUAUUUACUGGCAAUGGUAUUGCUAACCAUAACAGUUUCAGUAAUUCCUCUGCAUUAUCAGAAGGCAAUGUUCUUUGUAGCACUUUACAUGCUGUCAAUUGGACUAGCUGGGCACAAACCAUGUGUGCAAACCUUUGCAGCAGACCAGUUUCGUGAAGACUCACCGGAGGAGAAAAAGGCCAAGAGCUCAUUCUUCAACUGGUGGUACUUGGGGAUCACAGUUGGUGCCUCUGCUGCCAUUUUAGUAGUCAUAUAUGUGCAGGAUAAUGUUGGAUGGGCGGCAGGGUUUGGCAUAUUGACAGGGGCAAUAGCGGUAGCUUUGGCUGUGUUUCUGUUUGGUUACAAGAAAUACAGAAAGCAGGGACCCUUAGGCAGCCCCUUCACCACGGUGGCUCAGGUGUUUGUGGCGGCGGCGAGGAAGCGGCACAUCAAUGGAACAUCCGCUGGUUUUGGUGUGUAUUCUAGAGAUGACAAGGAUCAGCAUGAGACUAGGAGGCUUUUGGCACAGACCAGUCAAUUGAGAUGCUUGGACAAGGCAAUUAUCAUCGACCAUCUUGAUGCUUCAAGCAAGAACAGAAAUCCGUGGAGAUUAUGCUCACUAAAUCAAGUAGAACAAGUAAAGCUAGUCCUACGGCUCAUUCCCGUAUGGAUGUGUUGCUUAUUGUUUGCAGUAGUCCAAUCCUUUGUUCAGACGCUCUUCACCAAGCAAGGAAGCACGAUGGUCCGGUCAAUUGGUCCAAACUUUAAGCUUCCCCAGGCAUCACUCCAAAUAUUCCUUGGCCUCACAAUUGCAGUUGCAAUUCCAAUCUAUGACCGUGUUUUCGUCCCAACAGCCCGAAAAUUCACGGGACACCCCUCUGGCAUCACCAUCCUACAAAGAAUUGGCAUUGGCCUAUUUCUAUCCAUAAUCAGUAUGAUGGUGGCAGCUUUGGUAGAAGCCAAAAGGGUUGGCAUUGUUAGAGACCAAAACCUCUUGGACAACCUGAAAGCAAUAGUGCCAAUGAAAGUGUGGUGGUUAAUUCCACAGUACAUGGUAUGUGGUUUGUCUGAUGUAUUCACAAUUGUUGGGCUCCAAGAAUUCUUCUAUGAUCAAACACCGGAGGCAAUGAGAAGCAUGGGAGCAGCAGCAUACCUCAGUGUGGUAGGUGUUGGAAACUUCAUAUGCACUGCUAUAAUAACUUUGGUACAAGCAAUUAGCUCGAAGUCUGGUGAAAAGUGGCUUACUGACAAUCUCAAUCGUGCCCACCUAGAUUACUUCUAUUGGCUAAUUGCAGCAUUGAGCACUUUAAAUUUGUGUGUUUAUGUGUGGAUUGCUAAAGGUUUCGUAUACAAAAAACUUGAAGCUGAAGAAACCAGUAAGGAGAAAGAGCUGGCUUAAUGCGGAUGAUCAAGAAGUGAAGCUUGUUGGCCUAUAUUGCAGUUGAGUACCUUAUAUAUAAGGUAUUUUCAUCGAGAAAGUGGUAUAGGAAGCGUGUUUCGGUCCAUUCUGUAUUUUAAUACUAGGCUCCAUUUGGAUGGUGGUAUUUGAAAGAAAUGACUUAGAUUUGACAACAAAGCUAAACUUGCUAAAGAAAAACUAGAGAAAACAUUGGAUUGAAAGUAUUUGAAAUAACUAGAUGUGGUACAUUCGGAAUGAAUGUAUUUGACAAAUCAGUCAGAAUAUCUGACUUCUGUUUCGUAUACUCACUAUAAGCUUAUUGUCAAGUUGCUACACUGCUGAGGAAGUGACCCCAAGUACACAAUAUGGACCUUUCUUUCUUCAUCAAUCGCUUUGCACAAUAAGCUUAUAGUGAGUAUGAGAACGGAGAAACCAUAAGAAAAUAGGAGAGCUCCAUGCCUAGCCCUUGUUCACUGCUCAUUACUUCAGUGGUGAAGAAUACUUUACACUAGGACUUCAGGACACAAAAAUUCAUUUCCAUUAAGCAUCCAGAUUUGCUUCUCUGGAAUUACAGAUUGUGUUAUCAGGGAUUCAUUGUUACAACAAGCAUCCAGAUUUCCUUUCCUUCCUGUGGAUUCUCUUUAAAAGACUCUGACAGUUCUUUUCCUGUAGGG